AACAUAGAUGUGGAGAGAGAGAGAGAAGCUUCCAAUUUCGGUUUACAUGAAUUGAAUUGAACCAACAGCGUGACUGAAAAGCUAAACCAAAAUACCCAAAACAGUUACACUAAUACUAUAGUAAUAGUACUGGUCCACCCUCUUUCUUCUUCCUUCCUUCCUUCGUUUAUCUUUUUCGCUCUCUGCUGCGUUCUUCAAGAAAGACAAUGGAGGAGGCUAAGGAAGAAGGGAAGAGGGUUAUAAUUAAAGAAUCCGAGGAAGAAGAAGAGGAGGAGGAGGAGGAGGAGGAGGAGGAAGAAGAAGACGAAACUGAAAUGAAUUAUGAUGUAGAAUUAGGUGGGCAAAGGAAGAAGAAAGGAGCCUUGACUUUGAGUCCUCCCUCUAAGAGAAGGGCUGGAUCAUCGUCGACGGCGACGGUGCAGCAGCAGCAGCGUUCGUGUCAGGUAGAGGAUUGCGGUGCCGACAUGGCGAAUGCCAAGCCGUACCAUCGUCGCCACAGAGUGUGCGAGUAUCACGCCAAGGCCGCCGCCGUGCUCGUCGCCGGCGCACGUCAGCGCUUCUGCCAGCAGUGCAGCAGGUUUCAUGAGCUGCCGGAGUUCGACGAUGCGAAGCGUAGCUGCCGCCGGCGUUUGGCCGGACACAAUGAACGGCGGCGCAAGAGCUCCUUCGCAUGAUGAAUUCCAUCCAUCGGGCCGGGCUGUUAACUAAUUACUUAGUUAAUUAAUUAAUUAAUGUUCACUCUCUUCUGUCAGUCAGUGAGUCAGUCAAUGUCACCGUCAGCUGCUGGAUUUGUUUCCUCGAAUCGAUCGGCUGUCAGUUUGUGUGUGUGUAAUUAGUAAAUCAAUAAAUAAAUAAAU